AUGUGGCAUAAAGUGGUGCUUGGCGUUGUCGUUUCUUUUGUUUCGAUAAAUGGCCAAGAUUUUCUGAAUAUUCCGCACGAUCAAUUAUGUGCGAGUGAACCGAAUUUGGCAACUUGUAAACAAGUCCAGGGUGGGCAAGCGAGAAGAAAGCAGCAACAGAACCUUCAGGGUUUCAUCGAACAAAGCGGAACGGUGCCUUCGGAUGAUCCGUUCUCUCAAAUUGCAACCAGAGCCCCGAUGAGAAGUGAGGACUUUGGAAAAUCAAAUCAUCAGUCGCCGUACCGUAGCUCGAGGAUACAUCGACCGAAAUCUUUUCGUGAAUACUUGCAACAACGAGACGAUUUCUAUCGAGAAAUGGAUUUCCGAAGGAAAUUAUCUUCUGGCUACUACAAUUUGUAUCCUGGCUUGUAUCCGAAAGAACGCAGCUAUUGUGAGACGAUGAAACCGAACUUUGCAUUCACGUGUCAGCCCGGGAAAUCGCUUCGGCUGGAUUUGGUCGAGUUUUGCAAAGACUAUUCCGCUUUUUGUAACAUUCCAAACUUUCAUCGUAUACCUGGACCAAGAGAGGGACCGGCGGCCGAUAAAACGCCAGGUCAUGUUGGAGUGAACGUUGGUUUCGGCUUCUCGUUGAUGUGGGACCGAUUCCCCGGAAUGAACGACAAUGUUGGAGUGGGCGUGGGUCUAAAUCUUGGUCUACUUGGCUCGAAAUCCCCGGAAGCGUACCGCCGCGGAAUGGACAAUCCGAAUGAUCCGGGCGGCGGGAUUGUCGGGGUGAAUGGCGGAGUUGGAGUGAACGCCCCGGGCACCGGUGGUAUCGGAGUGGGCAGUGGGGUCAACGUCGGGAAA